UCAGCUCUGCAGUCUGCACUCCGGAGCUCCGCUCCGCUUCUCUCGCCACGGGCUCCAGAGCCGGCGCGGCCGGCGCCAUGUUCACCAACGGCAUGUCGAGGCUGGCCGUGGCGGUCAGCGUCACGGUGGCGCUCAGCCUGGCCAUCUUCCUCACCAUCCUGGUGCUCCUCCUCGCGGACCUCUUCUGCGCCCACCUCCGCCGCCGCCGGCUCCGCGCCGAGGCGUCCCAGUCGAAGCUGGGCCCGCUGGCGCUGUCCCCCGCGCGCACCGAGGACGGGUCUGUGGCGACGACCACGACGGCGGCGCGCGAGACGCUCUCCGGCACGCCGCCGUUCUACUACGCGCACGGCGUGCUCCACGCGCCCAACACCAAGGACCUCCUCCUCGCCAUCCCUAAGCUGGAGUCCGCCGUGUGGCGGUGGUCGCCCGCGCGCCGCUCGACGCCGUCGCGCUCGGGCUCGUCCACGGGCUCCUCGGGGGCGCGCGGCGACGGCUUCAUGUGCAUCUCCAACCCGGUGUACGACCGGGGCGGCGCGCGGGGCCAGGCCGCGCCGGGCGGCGGGGACACGCCGCCGUUCGAGACGCCGGGCGCGUCGCCGUCGCCGUUCGGGAUCACGGAGGAGGAGGAGGAGGAGGAAGGCGGGUUCUCGCCGCCGCUGUCGGCGAUGCGGAAGCUCCCGGCGCUGGGCGUCGUGGCGUACCCCCCUCCCGCGCUGAGCUUCGCCGAUGCCAGGCCGGCGCUGACGGUGACCGACACCAACCGGGCCUCCACCUCCUCGUCCAAUCUCACCGCCCACUUCUUCUCUUCAUGGUCAUCGAAGUAAGAGAUCACUCGUAUUGUUUGCGAUGCAGAGAGAGGGACGAUGUGCUUGUACGAUGCAGCUUGAUUUCAUUCAUUAUUUUGGUAAUCAUUUUCCUUGCUCGAGUCA